AUGGAUCUGAACCGUCUUCUCUUCAUCUGCAGCUUCAUCAGACUCUCAGGUGCUCAGGACAUUACUACGGUCAGGCAGAUAUCUGUUCGGAGAGGACAGUCUGUCAUAAUUCCUUGUUUAUAUAAUCAGAAAUAUGCAUUUUCAUGCAAAUACUUGAGCGCUGGAUACUAUUGGCUAUUGAGUGAUUAUGUGGAGUUCCCUGACCAGAGAUUUCAUCACAAAACUGUAUUUAUCUCAGAUGACGCGUCACGUCACAGCUUCACCGUCCGCAUGGAUAACGUCCAGGAGUCUGGCUAUUACUGGUGUGCUAUUCAUAUUCCUUCAGCUUUUGAUGAACGGGCGAGGUUUUUCUUAAACGUCACAGCAGAGUCUCCAGGACUUCUCGUGAACUCUCAGAAUGUGACGGGAUCUGAGAAUGGCAGCGUUACCAUCAGCUGCUACCAUCAGGGAGGACAAUAUGGUGUAAAAUGGUGUAAGUUUGGAGGCCAGUGCAUUACAGGAAUGCCUGUUCAUAUCACUGUCGAUCAGAAGAAGAGCAGAGAGAGUCCGGUUACAGCAGAGUCUGAUCAGAUCUCAGCCAGCGCUCGCAAAAGGACGGCUAUCUUAUUUCUGUUGCCUGUGAUUUUGGAGAUUCUCCUGAUGAUAAUCAUUUACUUGGCACUGAAACUGUUGAAGUUUUGCAAAAAAAGAUUCCUGCAGUCUGAGGAUGAAGCAGAGGAGGCUCAGUAUGUGACGAUGCACAGAAAGCAGUCGUCGCGUUCAUAUGGCUGCGCUGCUGCUGAAGGAGUGUAUGAAAAUAUGGCUGGACUCAAAACAAACAGUGAGUCUCAGAGAGAUCCGGAUUAUGUGAACAUUAUGAAGACGUGACUGUGAACCUGGAUCAACUUUAAUAUCAGUUUCUUUAAUAUCUUCCAUUGGCCACAAAUUCAACACAGAAAAUUAUUCCAUAAUUAAGAGAUUAUUCAAAGCUGUAUUCAUUAAACAAAAUAUCCUGGUGAAUUAAUAAGGAACUUACAUAUCUAAUAUAUUACUGGGUAACAC